CCACUCAGCCUCGGGCCGCGACGCUGCAGCCAAGCAGUGGUCUAUUCGGACGUAUUUACGUCCUUCCAAUGGCAAAAGUUCGAAGGCAUCCCAGUAUCAACGUCGCUGACACACUGCCUGUCGUCACAAACCUCGGGGCUGAAGAAGCGGAACGUGAUUCGGGGCUUCAGCCGGCGGCUACAAAACCAAGCAAACACAAACAUGCCCGGCAAGAUCAGCACGACAUCGCUGGCACCACGCGAACUGGCAUAGUGCUCCUCCUGCAUCGGUCUUUCCUGGGACACAGACUGAGUGGAGAGGCGGCAGUAUGGCCGGCUGGACAGGUUGACCCGGUAUUGCUGGGUUGGUCUUUGGAGACAUUGACCUCGAUAUUCAUGGCUGGUCCCGAUAUUCAUGGCUGGUCUCGAUAUACCAGGGCCAGUAUCAUUUGCCUCGCUCACUGGCUGCUCCUCUCAACCGCCCAUACCAACGUCCAAAACAGAAGGCAGAUCUCCCACAUCCUUGCGAUAUUGCUGGAGACGAUGACCCCAUCGAUCGCCCCGAAACGAGCCGCAGCAGUAGCACAUGUGCAUCGAUACUGCCGAAAUAGCAGAUUUGCUGAUUCUUCCCGUCGUGCUUCAACCCGCCUUGGCCAGGGACAGAUCAGACUGAUGCACACUGAGUACUGGCGGAGGAUGGUCGCUUUCAUUCGGGAGAAUCGGCGGCAUGCGAUGCGGAAAAUACCCCGGCUGCUUCCCGCGUCAUGAUCACCCGUCCUUCGAUCCACCCUUGUGAGCGAGGCGAGGGCCCCACC